AUGACGUUGCAAUGCACGUCAGUUGCAUUCUUCCUCUGUGUGGAAAUAAGUGUACUCCUCAUCCUCUGUCUACCCUUCAUCCUCUGUCUACCCUUCAUGUCAGCCACCAGAUGGCAGAGUAUCUUCCAGCUGAGAAUAUGUAACAAAAUGGCCAGGUUUUGGAAUAAAUUCGUCCUCGCCAUGAUUAUAAUCCUUAUAGUCCUUUUCCUCGACGCUGUGUGUGAGGUGAGGAAGUAUUUGGGGGCGAAGAACAACAAGGAUGCUAAUCUGCAUCCCAGCAUGUUUAACCACCUCCACAUGAAGCUGUUCAGAGCCCAGAGGAACCUCUACAUCUCCGGCUUUUCCCUCUUUCUCUGUAAGUCCUGGAUCUUGCUGAGGCGGGUGAUCACMCUGAUCAACCAGRUGGCGACYGCGUCUAGCACCACGGCCUCUCUGCAGACCAAGGCAGAGAGUGACAACCAAACUGCCAAGAAAUACAUGGAGGACAACGAGCUACUGAAACAGACUCUGAUGGAUGGGAAGGGGGACAAGGCCACAGCAGAGGGAAACGAGCUGCUGAGAAAAGAGAUGGAGAAACUGAGAGGAGAACUGAAGGGCUCAGAGGAAGCCUUGAAAAAGUCCCAAUCCGAGAUGGAAGCUAUGAAGAAACAAUCCGACGGACUGACCAAAGAAUACGACCGACUGCUGAAAGGACACCAGGUAACCCCAGACCAGCUCAUACAUACAGUAUCUACAAUU